AUGGCAAAGGCCAAGAAAGGUUUCUGCAUUGCUUGUAAGAGAGAAGGGUUGAAUUGCGAUAAAGCAAAGCCACGUUGCGCGAAGUGCAAGGACAGGAAAGUGAAGUGCCUUUAUGCCUUAAAGCUAUCAUGGGGAGGUAGACCAUACAAAAACAAAAAGGUGGAAUCAACUUUGCCCAAUACUGUCUUCUCAAAUGGAGCACUGGUCGUGAAGAAGAACGUGCUACCCGGCAACGAUCGUUCGGUAAAAGCAAAGCAGUUUUUCCGCUUUGACCAAAGCUGUCAUAAGACUGCGCGAGACUACCCUAAAAUGAAAGUAUGCGACUUGAAAAAGACCGCGCCUGAAUGUCUCUCAGCUGAAGUCAAUGCUUCCCCGGAACACAUUAUGAGUGUUCAGAAGGUUCAUUAUGCCCCGAACAACAUCUAUAAAAUAAAAAUGGUCAAUAAAGAUCUCUCGUGGGAGCAUAUGACUCUCUUCAAAUUUUUCGUGGAGGAAACGUGCGAUUUCUUCGUUCCCAUAAGAUCCAAAAGUCAUAUUAGUCCUUACCGAACUACCUUACCCCGAAUGGCUAUGCACUGCUCCUCUCUUAGAAAGUUAGUCAUUGCAUUUGGCGCCAAACAUCGGAAAAUGCUCAGUAUUUCCGAGGAAGAGAACAAAUAUCAAUCUCUAGAUGACGUCGGGGAUCACAGCAUGAAUUUUGAGAGCAUCGGAAACGAACUUUUGAAGCAGGCGUUACGUGAGCUGGCAGAUAAAUCAAUGGAAAAUGCGGAUUUUAACGAAGAAACGCUGGCAAUUGCGUUGCUGAUGUCAAAUCUACAUAUAUGUUUCAGUGACGGAAGAGGUGAUUGGAGAACGCAUUAUCAUGAAGCAAAGGAGCUGAUUAGGAAAAAACUAACAUGCGAGCCUGAUAAGGGAGAUCACUUGAUCUCUUUGAGAGAAUACACUGAUCCCCGUGAUUUUCUUUUGCGGUGGUAUACCUAUCUCGAUGUAAUCGGGCUGUUAUCGUCGGUGAAUCUUCCGAGUAAAUGUGACCAGUCUUUAACUCCAAUCAUACGUUUCGAAUCAGGGUCUAAUGAGAUAUUGUUAAGACAGUCAAUGGAGGAGAUGAAGGAUAUCAGCUUUUCGAAUGGCAUGGAUAUCAAGGUUAUGGCAUAUUUGACCCAAAUUUCAACCUUUUUGUCACAAAAAAGUGCUUUCGCCACCCAGGGCAAGUUGCACGACUUCAUUUACGCAGCUGUAAAGCUAGACUUCGAAAUCAAUGAUUAUUUAACUAGCAGCGAGCAAGAAAGAGACGUGAUAUUCAAAGAGAAAUUUAGCGACAACACUCACAAGAACCGUUUUCCGGGAAAAGUCAAAGAUUACCUUCUGAUGCGUAGCAUAAAUUUAGUUUUUGGAUUAAGCGGGGUUUUACAGUUGAGGCGCCGCGUCUUGGAUAUGCCAUCCGAUGCUCAUCUCGUGAGUUCCCUCAUUCUACAGAUAACGAACUUGAUAGGAGAGAAUAUAUCCGUAAGCUCGCCUUCUCUACCGUGCUUGUCUUUCUGUUUGUUUACCUGCGGAUGUGAAUUGACUGAUAAGGCGUGGGAUCCUUAUCGCUACAUUUAUCGCGAGCGCCUUGAUGCCCUUUGGAAAAAAGGGUUGGCUAGCGCCCUACAAGCUCGUCAGGUCAUGGAGGAGUGCUGGACUUCUAAAUUGCCCUGGUGGCAGGUUUUGGAGAAGCGUAAUUUAGACAUUUGCUUUGCGAUAUGA